GAGAGAGAGAGAGAGAGACACGCCUGGAAGGCGAGAAAGAAGAAGUUUGGACCUCUCGGCUCGCCGUCGACAAGCGGGCGGCCAUCUUGUGCGCGGUUGAGGCGGCUGCGCUUUGCCGGCUGAGGGCCUUCCUCGCUUCGGGGGCGUCGCUGGCGGAGGAAGGGGAAGCGAGCAGGCCGCGGUUGGUGGGGAGGCAGCCAUGUCGGCGGAGAGCUCGGAGCCCACUUCGGCCGAGGAGCAGAAGGAAAUGGAAGACAAAGUGAUUAGUCCUGAGAAGGCUGAAGAAGCAAAGUUGAAAGCCAGAUACCCUCAUCUGGGACAAAAGCCCGGUGGCUCAGAUUUCUUGAGGAAGCGGCUCCAAAAAGGACAAAAGUAUUUUGACUCUGGGGAUUACAAUAUGGCAAAAGCAAAGAUGAAGAACAAGCAGCUCCCUACCGCCGCUCCUGAUAAGACUGAAGUGACAGGGGAUCACAUUCCUACCCCUCAGGACCUUCCACAGCGGAAACCAUCUCUUGUGGCCAGUAAGCUGGCUGGCUGACUAAACGGGCAGGACUGCAUGAAUCUUCUCAUUCCCUUAUUCUUUCCUUAAUAGUUACUUCUCACCUUUUUUGUUUCCACUAAGUCAUUGACUGACCGCUUUGCAGGUAGUGGUAGCGUGUGCUGCUAUUGUAAGAGACUCCUCUUGAAAAUUCGUUUAUGUAUUCCUCAGAUGAGUUGAGAACGAUGCACUGAUACAGAAAGGACACAAUUUGUUAGAAGCAACGUAAUCUACUUGAAAAAUGUACAUAUAUCGCAUAUCUGCUAGCAUAGGGCUGGUUCCAGCAAGUGACACAGAACGUUUGGAAAUUGUUUCACGUUUCUGCUUCCCUUGGUUCUUGCUUUCUUUCGUUCUCUUUGUUUAACAGAGUAUUUGGUUUGUACUGAAUAGAUCCUCCUGUUGUGUUUCUCCCUGUGUUUUGGUUUUGUAAACUAGAGGUUUUUAGAUUGCAAGUUGCUAGAAGGUAAAGCAUGUAUUAAAGAAGAUGGGGCUCUGACUUAAUUUGUGUAUCUGCUCAUGAACUUGAAUGGCCUUAAACCUACUUCAGCUUUAACAAUAGAUUUUUUUACUUGGGCAAUAUUUGCUCAUUUUUGGCGUACUUCUUGUAGACCUCGUGCUUAUUGACAACUGCUGUUGAAGCUGGUAUCCCUUUUGGUCCCGUAGCGUAGAACCCGUUUUUGAAGUGGAUGAGGUGAGCAUGUGCGUAGGCUGAAUUCACUUUUGUGCCAUUUUAUGUAAAUAAGACCCUUUUGCACAAUUUUUGCAACUCUCUGUUGACUUUACAUUUUAAAAAAAGUGCCAACUGGAAGCACAAAUAAUUCCGUACCUUUGGAGAACACAAUAUUCAUUUGAUUCAACUCCUCAAAGUAAAAGGUUAUCAAAACCACCUAAAAUACCAUGCUAUAGGUUAAAAAUGUAUACCACGAAGUCCUUUUACGCUAUACAGUUAUACCACUAUAUUCCACUUUCACUUCCUUGACCUCAUCCUGUGGGAUUUGCAAUUUAAGGAGAGAGUUACUUGGACUCUGCUGGAGAGCCAUAGUUCUUUAGCAAACUACACAUCCCAGAAGUCAAUGGGAUAUGGUCAAGCCAUGGAAAUGGAAUAUAGCGUAAAAAUUAUGUUGUGUUAAAAGUCCCGCAGAACACUUAAGCCUAGUGUACCUAAAGUAGUUCCAUGUCAGAGGAACUACGUUUAAUGUCAAGUGUAUCACAAGCAGCUUGUAGACCACACUCUCUACCACAGUGGUUCUCAACCUGUGGGUCCCCAGAUGUUUUGGCCUUCAACUGCCAGAGAUCCUAACAGUUGGUAAACUGGCUGGGAUUUCUGGGAGUUGUAGACCAAAUACCUGGGGACCUACAGGUUGAGGACCACUGCUCUACCAUGUUUCAAUGCGACGUACUAUAUUUGCUUUCUGACAUAUUUUGGCAUUUAUAACUUGUGAAAACAUGUAUGGAUUUCAGGAUAUUUGAAAUAUGAAAAUGUGAGUGAACCUUGCUGUUAUUCUCAACAUAAAAAACAUUAUGUCAUUGGUCAAACCAAUCUAGAAAAGCUCUCUGGAAUGUGAAGUGAAGGUAAUAGUGGUUACAUGUUUGUAGACAUCAUUAUCCAUGGUAAUCAUGCUAAUUCUGUCAUUUGAAAAUAGAAGUGUGUUUUGUCACUUUAUGCUAUAAAUGUUUCAGGAGGGACUAUAUACUGGGUUCAGAUGGAUAUUUCACACAUAUGCAAAGCCUAGUCAAGACGUUUUGGGUUUCAGAGGAAUUUCUUAUUGUUGUUUCUCUUCCAUCUUUAUUCUUAGUGAAUAAUGCUGUCAGCCAUUUCGAUUUUUAAGAAUAGCAGCACUAAGGGCGGUGUUCAUUUGUUACAUUAAGGACCUCAUCACACUAGAGAAAAAAUCCACUUAAAAUCCAGUUUCUGCCUCCUGCAGAAUUCUGGGGUUUAUAGUUCAGGGAGGAGACUUUAACAGCCUCAAUAAACUACAAACAGAAGAAUUCUGCAGGAGGCAGAAACCGGAUUUUAAGUGGAUUUUUUUUCUCUAGUGUGAUGACAUUCUCCAUGGUUAGUAUGUUUAACUUUUCCAGGAUCACUGUUAGAUGCAAUCUGUUCGCUUUAAAAUCCCUUUAACACGGUGGUUCUCAUGCUGUGGAUCCCCAGGUGUUUUGGCCCAUGACUCCCAGAAAUCCAAGCCAGUUUACCAGUUGAAGGCCAAAACAUCUGGGGACCCACAGGUUGAGAACUACUGCAAAACAAACCCACUUGAUAUUAGGUAACUCCAACCAGUAAUACAAAUCUAAAUAUCUGGAUUUCGAAGACACUGAGCUCAAUCUCCCAUUGACUUAUCCCUCUCUUGACUUUCAAAUAAGUGUAACUUGAUCAUAUACCAAAAGUGGAUAUAUUUUAAUGUGUGGGUAAUAGGUUUAGGGCUGUUUGUGUAAGAUAAUGCCAUUCCCUGGUCUGUUGUAGAGGAACAUGCUUCUGUAGCAUAUCGGUUCUCUUUUUUUUCUGGGUUGAAAUGUAGAAAGGCCAAUUCUAAUGGUAGUUAAUUUAGGUUUACUCUCCCCUCUCGUAUACUGAAUUCAUAAAAUAUUCACAGAAUAUUUACGGCGAAAACAAAAACAAGGUGACAUAUUAUUGGCUUUAUAAACAACUGUCAUAGAAAACAUUCAAUUUAUUUUUACAUGAUUGAGAGCCUUUUGAGAACCGACUUGUCACUUAAGACAAAUAGUUUGUAACAGAGGAGCGGCUUGGCAUAUUUUCUGAUUGCUGUUACACCAGAUCCUUGUGUGAUAUGUCGGGAGGGAUAAAUAGCCACGCAAAUCUGGACAUUCCGUUGCCCCAGUUUUAGGUUGCUUUUGUAUGAUUACUGUGACCGUGCAAAUUGUUGAUGUCCACCAGUGAAUUGAACUGUUAAGACUUAUGUAAAGAAAACACACUAUGUAAAGAAAACACACACCAUGAGAACAUACCAGGGAACCAACCCCGUUAAUCUUGGUUGACUCCGUGACUCUGGAUAACCCUCAAGAACUGAAGAUAGUUGGGUCAUCUGUGCUGUUUAUGGACACAAAGAGCGAGAUCAACAACCACUGUGGAAGAUCCAAUGGAUGGCUCACUUCCAACCUUCAGCUGACUCCAACUAGAGGAAUUCAAAGCUUGUGUACAUAUUGUAUAAUAUGAGUUUUACCAUUUGAUAAAUGACCUUUUUCAGAGAUCUAUCUGCACUAUAGUUUAGCAAUCAAUUCCCUUUAUGCGGUGGUUAGUAGUGCUUAAGGAUGUCUAUAACGAAGACCGGUCUGUUGUAGCCAUCAGACUCUGUCCAAUAGUAACUCGUGAAGUAAUGAGCGGAUUCCGAAGUGUUCUUCCCCUCAUUCCCAUCCCAUUUCUUCAUUCUUCAUUGCCAUAGGAGGAGAGGGCGUGCAGAGGUCGCAAAAUAACCAUUUGGUUUGAUACGUUCCUUAAUGCAUUUCUGAUGCUGAAACGAUGAAAAUCUUAGUUGGUCCAUAUCACCACCUGCCCUGUAUAGUAUGCAUAAUAAAUUACACUAAUUAGUUUUCACUUCUCUGUAGAAUUUUGUCUGGUCUUUGACUAUGGUCCCUAUCCCUAACUGCACUUAAUUUAUUCAUUCUGGUUAAGUCAUACAUUUCCACCAACUUGCUUUGCACUUCUUUAAAAAGAGAGCGCUGCUUCCCUGUGUGUUUCCAACUAUAGAAGCAUUCCUUACUGUAACUGAUUUUAUAAAUGCUGAUUUCUUCUAACAGUUGUAUUAAAAGUUACUAAUUCUGUAAAA